CCAUAACUAACAACUAUGGCUCACUACAUUAACAAUGCAGUCCUUUUACUACUGGCUUCAUCUCUUGUACUUUGCUUUUCUCCGGCGACAGCCGCUAGCGUUCUCUACCCGCAGUUCUACGACUUCUCGUGCCCACAAGCCAAUGACAUCGUUAAAUCCGUUGUUUCAAAGGCGGUUGCAAGAGAACCGCGUAUGGCGGCUUCUUUGCUCCGCCUUCAUUUCCAUGAUUGUUUUGUCAAGGGUUGUGAUGGGUCAAUACUUCUAGAUGGCAGUGGAACCAUAACCAGUGAGAAGAGAUCGGUCCCUAACCGUGACUCGGCUCGUGGGUUCGAAGUCAUUGACGAGAUCAAAUCCGCGAUCGAGAAAGCGUGUCCCCAAACCGUCUCUUGUGCUGAUAUCUUGGCUUUGGCAGCUAGAGACUCGACUGUUUUGACUGGUGGGCCGAGCUGGGACGUCCCUUUAGGAAGAAGGGACUCGUUAGGCGCGAGUUUGAGCGGCUCAAACCAGAAUAUACCAGCCCCAAACAACACCUUCCAGACCAUCCUCACUAAAUUCAAACUCAAGGGUCUCGACAUCGUUGAUUUUGUAGCUCUUUCGGGAAGUCACACCAUCGGAAACGCUAGGUGCACCAGCUUUAGACAAAGGUUGUACAACAACACGGGUAACGGGCAACCCGACUUCAAAUUAGAGCAAUCAUAUGCUGCCCGACUGCGUGUCAACUGCCCGAGAACCGGUGGCGAUCAAAACCUGUUUCCGAUGGACCCUGGUUCACCUACGAAGUUUGAUAACGGAUACUACAAGAACUUGAUGGCUUUAAGGGGCCUGUUAAGCUCAGAUGAAAUCCUCUAUACGCAAAACCAAGAAACGUACGAUUUGGUAAAACAUUACGCCGAGAAUCAAGACGAUUUUUUCAAGCAGUUUGCAAAGUCUAUGAUCAAGAUGGGGAAUAUAACUCCGUUAACCGGUAACCAUGGAGAGAUCAGAAAGAUUUGCAGGAGGAUCAACAAUUAGAAAAUUAAAUCUGUAACUGUGUGUUUGUAAAGUUAUCUUUUUCAUGAAAGUAUUAUAUGAAAUUAAAGAUUGUGUGGAAGAGUUAAAUGCA